ACCUGCGUAGUUGAAGCACAAGGAAGCCGGGAACGAGAAACGGUUCCGUCUUCCGCCAUCUUUCAUUGAAGAGUUAGGUUGAGUGUUUACGCGCUUGUAGCCUGGUGUGGGAAAUACGUGACUUAUAGCACUUCUGAAGAUUCACAUCUUCGACCUUCGGCAAGACGAUUCAUUCCUGCUGUUACUUUACAACGGAGUAAGUUGGCAUGAAGCGCGAAGCAGACGGUGACAUGGGUUCCCCACAAAAGAGGUCCCGCGGUGGGGACGAUACAGAAGUGCGACUCCUGAUCCCCAGCAAGGCUGCGGGAUCCAUAAUUGGAAAAGGUGGUCACAAUAUUACCAAGCUAAGGACUGAGUACAAAGCCUCAAUUACAGUCCCUGAUUGCCCUGGGCCAGAACGCAUUUUGACGGUUUACUCAGAUUUGGACACAGUACUAAAUGUGGUUAAUGAAGUUAUCCCAAAUAUUGAUGAUGCAUCAUCCCGUCAGGGAUCACGCAAUGAUGAUGUGGACUUGCGCUUGUUAGUUCAUCAGAGCCAAGCAGGUUGCAUAAUUGGCAAGUCUGGAUUCAAGAUAAAGGAACUCCGGGAGAAAACUGGUGCAAGGAUAAAGAUUUUCUCAAACUGCUGCCCUCAAAGUACUGACAGAGUAUGUCAGAUAUCAGGAAGACCAAGCACAUGCAUAGAUUCAAUUCGUGAAAUAAUGGAACUAUUGAAAUCUUCUCCAAUAAAAGGGUUGAACAAUCCAUACGAUCCACAUAAUUACGAUGACUACUACGCCCAAGAAUAUGGUGGUUUUGGUGACCAAGAAACAAAGGGCGGUCGUGGCAUGCCGGGUGGUAUGCGUGGAGGCAUUGGUGGACCACCCCCAAUUGGUGGCCGUGGAAGAUUUCCAUUAGGUGGUGGAGGUGGUGGUGGUAGCAUGGGUCCUGGACCACGUGUUGGUCCACGCGGAGGAAUGGGAUUAUCUGGCCCACCAGGAGGUAUGGGAGGACCACCACCUCGAGGUGGUGUUGGUGCAUUUGGUGGUGGCCCUGGUCGCCCUGGCUUUGGAGGUGCUAGAGGUGCAGCAAAUGGAAUGAUGAACAGUAAUGCUCUUGGACUUGGUGGAGGUGGAAAUCUCAUGGCUGGAGGAGCUAAAAGCUCAACUCAAGUGACCAUUCCAAAAGAAUUGGCAGGUGCAAUUAUAGGGAAAGGUGGUGCCAGAAUUCGUAAGAUACGAUCUGACUCAGGAGCUGGAAUAACCAUUGAUGAGCCACUUGCAGGAUCAAAUGACAGAAUUAUCACUAUAACUGGCACACCUAACCAAAUACAGAUGGCUCAGUAUCUUCUGCAACAGAGCUGCCAGACUGGGCCAGGAUCAGGAAAUUACUAAAUGACGAAUACUAUCUACUACUAAAUGAAAAGUGUCCAAAUUUCUGAAUAUUUUUGAAGAAGUUAUUGGCUGAUGGUUAAACUGUGAUGCUUUCGUCAGGUCAACAAGUCAUCUGUGAUGAUUUAAUAAAGGAGCGUAUUGGACUGUGUUGGUUCUUUGUUACUUUGAAGAUAGUUUUUUUUUAGUGUAGCUUUUAGUUCAAAUGCAGUUUUUUAAAUGUGGUAUGAAGAUUUUAGUUAGUAAUAUGUGAGCUGAUGAUGCAGAAGAGAACAAGAGUGGUACCUCGACUUUUGUACCUGCAUACAGUUUACAUUACAUCACUCUUAAGAUAUGUGACAGAAGUAAUUGUAGUUACAACUGAAUUUAUCAUAGCACAUCUGAUCCCACAAAAAGAAAUCAGUAAUGGAGGAUUCCAAAGUGCAUAUUUGUCUGUUACCCAUCUUUAGAAAUUGUAGUGUCCACAUCAUUGCAAACAUAAAUUAGUGUUAUUUACAUAGUGCAUAAGAUACAACUGUAAUUGCAUUUGCAAGUCAUAAGUUGACAGUGACUAUUAUACAUCUUUGUGUGAAAUUUGAUCGUACUAAACAAUGUUGCCAGUAGAAUUCAGUUUCAGGGAUUAUAUAUAAAUAUAUAUAUAUCAGUACAAAUCACUGUUUAACUAUAAAACCCAUACAGCAUUCAUAAGUCCCAUUUAUCAGUAAAGUGUGUAUUAACUAUUAGAUUUUUGUAAUGUAAUGAUUCCAUUGAACCAAAUGUAUUUAGUUUGUAGGCUUUUUUAUGUAUGACCCUUUAAGCUGACACUGGAAACUGAAAAACGCACAAUUGUACGUGUAAUUGGGGCUAAGAAAUAAAAAAGUGACUUAAACUGUUGCAAUACAAUAAAUUCAAUGUAAAAUUAA